AUGUUGAUACCAAAACCAUGGCUACAGCCAGUCCGAACUAUAUGUCCUAAAAUCACUUUUUGUCGCUUCUACCAUCCGACAAUAUUUGCGCUUUCAACACGCCCAGGUCGUGCUGCGAUUGGAGUUAUUCGAGUUCUGGGCCCAAAGGCUCAAUAUGUCUACCACCAAUUAACAAAGAGCAAGAAACCUCCUCUUCCUCAGAGAACCAGCGUGCGGCGUAUUUUUGGAUCGAAUGGAAUGCUAGAUGAGGCGCUCACUGUCUUUUUCCGUGGCCCAAAGACCUAUACUGGCGAAGAUUUAUUGGAACUUCACGUUCAUGGGGGAAAUGCCAUUAUUAAGGCCGUGCUUGGCGCAAUCCAAGAACUUCACGACCCAGAAAAUGGGACAGAGAUCCGCAUGGCUCAACAAGGUGAGUUUUCACGCCGUGCGUUCAUGAGUGGUCGACUAGAUUUGACUGAAAUUGAAGGAAUCCGUGAGAUGAUUGACGCUGACACAGAAUCGCAGCGGCUCUCGGCACUUGCAUCUCUCACAGGAGAAAACAAGCAAGUCUUUGCUCGCUGGCGUGAAGAGAUUGUUCGAAACAUGGCACUUCUAACCACAGUUAUCGAUUUUGGCGAAGAACACGAUCUCGAAGAAACAAAAGAGCUAUUCUCAACCGUAGAGAAGAGCAUCGACUCCCUUAUAACAGAAAUCGAGAGCUACUUGCGCAAAGUGCGUGGCUCGGAUAUUCUUCUUCGGGGAAUCAAAGUCUGUUUGCUUGGACCACCUAACGCUGGGAAGCUGUCGUUACUCAAUUAUCUUGCUAAUAAUGAUACAGCAAUCGUGUCUCAUAUAGCUGGCACGACAAGAGACAUUUUAGACGUACCUCUUGAUAUUGGCGGCUUUAAAGUUGUUGUGGGAGAUUCAGCUGGUAUUCGAAGCUUGGAGAAAGCGGAUACGAUCGAACAAGAAGGAAUUCGCCGUGCGAAACAGAGAAGCUUAGUUGGUGAUGUGGUUGUUGCUGUCCUUCCUGUGAAUGAGCCGCUAAGUCCAGAUUUGAAAGAGCACAUGGACCUUCUACGGAAAGAACAGAAACCCACAGUGGUUGUGCUCAAUAAAGCAGAUCUAGUUGAAAAGGUUGAUAAGACCGCUUUUACUCAAGCUUUGCAAGUGAAACCAGAAAAUGUGCAUGUUGUUUCGUGUCUCAAUGGGCAAGGAAUGGAUUCUCUUCGAGAGGCAUUAGUAGCCCAUUUUAAGGUCGCUUCGAUGUCAGAAACAUCCGAUCCUGUGGUUAUUUCAGCGAGAGCCCAGGAUCUUUUGGAGCAUGAUGUAUUAUAUGGAUUGAAACAGUUUAAAGUUUGGAAAGACAGCGAAGAUGUCGUCUUGGCCGAAGAGUGUCUCCGACAGUCUGUGGAAGGCAUUGGAAAAAUAACAGGAGAUGCUGUUGGAGUGGAAGAAAUUUUGGGUGUGGUUUUUUCCAGUUUUUGCAUCGGAAAAUAG